AUGACAUCCUUGUCUCUGGACUGGAGAGACUGGGAGUUGAUGUAUGGACUGCUUGGUGGAUUAGGGAUUGGCUGGAUGGCUGCAUUGUGUCCAGCUCUAGUAAAUAUAGCCCUCGCCCUAGCAGCAAAUGAUUCGACAAAAGAAGUUGGUUUACUUGAUGCAGACAUAUAUGGACCUUCAAUUCCAAAGAUGAUGAACCUGAAAGGAAAUCCAGAAUUAACACCAAAAAAUCUAAUGAGGCCCCUUAAGAACUAUGGAAUUGCAUGCAUGUCUAUGGGUUUCUUAAUAGAAGAGACUGCCCCAGUUGUAUGGAGAGGUCUCAUGGUAAUGUCAGCUGUUGAAAAAUUGUUGAGACAGGUUGACUGGGGUGAACUGGACUAUUUAGUGAUUGACAUGCCACCUGGGACUGGAGAUGUACAGCUGUCAGUAUCACAGAAUAUCCCAAUUUCAGGAGCUGUGAUUGUCUCCACUCCACAAGACGUGGCUUUAUUGGAUGCGCACAAAGGAGCUGAAAUGUUUAGAAAAGUCCAUGUGCCUGUUUUAGGACUGGUUCAAAAUAUGAGUGUUUUCCAGUGUCCCAAAUGUAAGCAUGAGACACAUAUUUUUGGAGCUGAUGGUGUAAGAGAUCUGGCAAAAACACUUGGAUUGGAUAUUUUGGGAGACGUUCCACUGCAUGUUAAUAUACGGGAGACGUGUGAUUCAGGACAGCCUGUUGUGAUCUCUCAGCCUCAAAGUGAUGCUGCUAAAGCCUAUCUAAAGAUAGCUAUGGAAAUAUUAAGAAGACUACCAGCACCUCCUGCUUGAAGCAUUUACCACUGAAACUUAGCAAAAACGUAAUCUUUGAUGCAGCCAAUGCAGAAGAGUCCUGCCAUCUAAUUACAUGGAGAGGCUAUAUGUUAGUUCUAAGAACUUCUUUAGGACUUAAUUUGCCAGAGGUUAAAUUAUGAUUGUGAUAAUUACUGUUUUUCACCACAUUGUUUGGCCGUGUCCAAAAGGAUUCACAUAUGCAAAUUAUGAUAGAUAGAGUUUAACUGCUGAAUUGCAACAUCAUCAAGCAAGAAGGGAUGAAGUUUGUUUUUACGUGUGCCCUGUUUUAAGGUCAAGAAUGAAAAACAGCCUCUUCAUGCAAGGAGAAUGAUAAGAGGUAUGCCAUAAAUCCUGACAUAAGUCCUGCUAAAAAAAUGAAAUUUUCAGUACUCUAAUUUCCUUCAGUUUUUGUUCAGCUUUUUACAUGGUUAGCUAUCAAUCUGACCUUAAAUUCUGCAAGAUUUUAAGAAGCAAAAUCAGUUCUAUAACUGCUGUACUUCUGUAUGUUCAUCUUAAAAGAAAAUUUAAGAAUUCCACAUAUAGUCUGAAGAGUUCUUGUGAUGGAUGAUGAGCAAAUUCAUUCACUGUCGGAUAAAGUUGUGUCGUGAGGCAAUUCACAGUUUAGUGGAGAAUGGAUUACGUGACCCUGAGGCUUAUUUCUCAACUGUUUUAUAUUGUAAUGAACCCAGACAGAAGACAAGGUAACAGAGGUCUUCACUGAAAACUGGAUGUUUUUCCAGAGCUCAGUCUGCCAGGGAAUGCAAAUGAUCAAGAUAAAUUAAAUUUAUGAUUGCAUAUUCCUUCUACAGUGCAGCAACUUGGAAUUUGAAUAUAAAGAUAUAUUUUUGAAGUAAAGAAAUAUUUGGUCUUCAAACUGCGUGGCCUUCUGAUUUAUUUUUUCAUUGCCUGUGAUCUUUAUUUUUGUUUUGGUGUGUAGAAGUGAAAGAUUAUGCCUUCAGGGAAUGAGGUUUCAUUUACAAUUAGAUCUUUGAGUUGACAUUUGGGCUUUUCCAUCUACACAGUCGAGUAUCAGUAUCUUAAACACACAUUGUAACCCUACCAUGGAGUGAGUGUAACCAUACUAGGGAGCUCUGCUCUUGACCAUAUUAUUGUUUUCUGUAGAAUUGACAAAAUACUCAGUUCCUUUCAGUUGUCUGAUAUAUUUUACAAAAAUUAAAGC